AUGAAUCAGGAUCAAGAGGUGCCCGCUGCAGUUACGGACUUGGCCAGAUUGCCCGGCGAAGAGUUCAGUAGAUUGAGCGAACCGCUUCAGACAGUCGCCGCUGGAUACUGUCCCACGAAUUACACGGUGGCCCAGCCGAGCACCGAGGAGAAGCUGCAUUCCGAGAACGGAAUAUACGCCACGCAGGAAUACAGGCAAGAAUCUUGGCUUCAUGAUGGUAGCAGCUGCGAUACAGAGGACAGCGAGCAAUACGUGCCGGAUUAUCACAGUAUGUUCAAGUUGCACAAUUCCAAUGUGAAACAAGAAUCCGCGAACUGUAGAAGGAUCAACGAUACGAACUACGCGCAGUAUCAAGCGUCCGUCAGCCAUCCGCACGGCCAGAACAGCACCUUUCUCGAUCUCGAUCCUGAUCGAUCGAACUGCUUCGGAAGCAGCAAGCGAGGAAACGAAGUGACGAAAAGCAUCGCUGUGAAGGAAGAACCGGCGGAUCGAGGAUACGGGGAACCGAUUCCAAACGUACCCACGACGACAGCCCAGGACACAAGGAACAGUAACAACUUGGUCUACCAGCAACAGUAUGGAAACGGGACGAGAACCACGAGAGGUUCACCGUCGCCAAAUCGACCAGCCAGCACGUCUUCAGCUGCCUCCCAAUGGCAGUCGACAAUUUCAGCGUCCACGGAUAGUUUCUUCCCGCGACAAGAGAACUGGAGCUCGGAUGUGUACGGGAAAAGAAGCGUGACCCCCACGUGGACCGAGCUAGGGGUUCAAUUAGACGGUAGGAACUCGUCGUGGGAGAGACAGGGGAAUUGCUACCAGAAGAAAGGGUCGCCUACAUCGUGGAACACGGAUUAUCCUGGUAAAAGGCCAUCCUCAGCGACGGGGGUGUCACCGUGGAGCGAGAUGACCGUCGGCUAUCAACAGCAACGACGGGGAUCUCUUCAGCUCUGGCAGUUCUUGGUGACCCUGUUGGAUGAUCCCGCGAACGCACCGUGUAUCGCGUGGACUGGUCGCGGAAUGGAAUUCAAGCUUAUAGAACCGGAAGAAGUAGCUCGUAGAUGGGGUCUCCAGAAGAAUCGUCCAGCGAUGAAUUACGAUAAACUGAGCAGGUCGUUGAGGUACUAUUACGAGAAAGGGAUAAUGCAGAAGGUGGCGGGCGAGAGAUAUGUCUACAAGUUCGUGUGCGAUCCCGAAGCUCUUUUCAACAUGGCGUACGGCGCAGGUGGCUCGUCGAAUAUUUCGGGUGAGGGCCAGAAUGGCGUUCGGGGUUCCUCUAUAAGUAAAAUGUCAGCUACAAACGAUGUGUCUGACUUGGGAAAGCAUCCUACUACUGGCUAUGGCGACGCGGUUCUCGCUAUGUACUCCAACACUGCAGCAGUAUACGGAUCGUCCAGCUUGCACCAUCUCCAUCAGUAUCUCGGCGGUAACGACGGCUUCAAGACACCACCGAACAGGUAUCAUCCUCAUUAUUCGCACGAGUACAACGGCACCCAUCAUCAUCCACCGUCGAGCUACGCGGAGACCUUCCUGAACUACGGUCGCCUCUCGUCCCACGACACGUCGACGGAAUCGAGGAGCCAAGAGUUACCAAGGAUCCCCUAUAACCAGGAGACCGACGGUAUCAGCAGGGACCGAGAACCGUCAUCGAUUUUAUACGAGGGCGUGCAGAGACCUCAAUUACCGACCGCUCCGCAGCCAACCUUGCUAGACGCUACCACCACCAGCUCGAAGAUCGAGCAAACUUCGUACGCCUGCCUCGGUGUGGGGAGCUGCGUCUGCUGA